AAUGACCCGGUUCCCGGAAAUCUCUUUUGGUUCCGCGAACAUUUCAUCAUACCGGUCGACCUCAGUGAACCUCGCGACAUGCUUCAAAGUGAGCGGACACUCCUUGGUUUUGUGAGGUUUGCCCUCACACUCUCAUUCACAGCGAUCGGGUUGAUUUUGGGAUUCCACUUGAAGUCCAGGGGCGCAAAGAACGGCAGCGAUGUCGGCCCUCGCUGGUCUCUGUUUAACCAAGCGGUUCCGUUCUUCCUUGCCUUCCUAGCGUUGGCUACAUUGGCCACAUCAAUAGCGAAUUAUUUUCAGACGGUCAAGAGAUAUUCGAGACAUAGGAUACAGAACUCGGGGCCAAAGUCGGCCUUGCUGGUAGUCUGUGUCACUGCCGUAGUCGUGACUCUCGCUGGCUUAAACAUAUCUCUCACUGUAGAGCGG